AAUCUUAUAGUUAUCUCCGCCGUCCGAUCUAAGGAUGUUUAUAAUUUUAUAAUUUCAUCGUGCAGUGAUCACAAAUUCAAAGCGCUGCAGAGAUAAAGCGAUGUUUUAACUUAUUAUCAGACAUAAAUCGGAUCCUCUCGCUUCCUCUGGGGAAAUGUGCGUGUGAGUGGGUGUGUCGAUAGAGUUUAAACUUUAUGAUGAGUUAAAGUUUGAUCAUGGCCGUGUGGACCCGCGCGGAGAAAAAGGGUCAACUGGACCUGCUCCUGAGUGACCGCUGGGUCCGGGUCUCCGCGGAACUCACUCGGGACACUCUCACACUGACGGCGGAGGGCGAACCGGGCGGGCCCGCGGGAUAUUCGGAGCACAACUCGCAUUUAAGAAACGGCGUUUCCAAUGGCAACGAACAGAACCGAGAUGUUUUUCAGAGCCGCGGGCAAUACGACAGCCCGGGUCGGUUCAACGGGACCGGUUCAGACUCGGAGUCGAGCGGUUACUGUGACCCGGCGGGGCCGGAGGGGGUUCGGAGGGUUCGGAUAGUCAAGCAGGAGUCCGGCGGACUGGGGAUCAGUAUUAAAGGGGGUCGGGAGAACCGCAUGCCCAUCCUCAUAUCCAAGAUCUUCCCCGGUUUAGCGGCGGAUCAGAGUCGAGCCCUGCGCGUCGGCGACGCGAUCCUGUCCGUCAACGGCAGCGACCUCCGCGACGCCACGCACGACGCGGCGGUGCAGGCGUUGAAGAAGGCCGGGAAGGAGGUGACGCUGGAGGUGAAGUACAUCAGGGAGGUGUCUCCGCUCUUUAAGAAGUCCUCUAUGAAUGCAGAUCUGCCUUGGGAUGGACAUCUUCAGUCUCCAAACCUCAGCGGCAGCGACGAGUCGCCCAAGAGCAGUGUAACUCGUGACAGAAAGGUCAUCCCGCUUAAAAUGAGCUUCAUCAGUCGAAACCUCACCAUGCCUGACCUGGAAAACAGGUUGUUGGAGCUUCACUCUCCAGACGGCCAGCACACUGUGGUGUUGCGAUGUAAAGACGGCGCCACUGCUCACUCCUGGUUCACGGCCAUCCACACAAACAUUGCUGCCCUAUUGCCACAGAUGCUGGCCCACAUCAACUCCUUCUUGAGCAACCCUAGUGCCAACACACACUGCACGGUCAAGCACAUCGGCUGGCUGGCAGAGCAGCUUGAGCUGGAUGGCAGACGGCAUCAGCACAGACGUGUCAUCAUGGCGCUCACAGAGAAAGACAUCUUGCUUUUCCAGUCAGUGCCGUGGACGUAUGACAGCUGGACCUCUCCACUCUUAACACACCCACUACUCGCCACACGGCUUGUUCACUCGGGCAGCGUUCGCAGUUCUCCGGCUCUGGGUGCAGAUUUAGUGUUUGCUACACGUACAGGCACAGGUCGUGGGAUCGAGUCUCAUGUGUUUCGUGUGGAGACGCACUGGGAUCUGUCCACGUGGACACGUGCACUGGUGCAGGGCGGACAUUCGGCUGCUGAACUCAUCAAAGAGGUUUCCAUAGGCUGUGUGUUGAACAGACAGAACGUUUGCCUGAUCCUGCAUUAUGACAGAGGUUUCACCGUGACACGGGAAUCUGGUCAAUCUGUGGUUUUUCACUUCCCCUAUGAGCGGCUCAAAAUGUCAGCGGAUGAUGGAGUCAGGAAUCUUUACCUGGACUUUGGUGCUCCAGAGGGCGAAAUGGUGUUUGAGCUUCACUCGGGGCCGAAGCCUGUGGUUUUCGUGCUUCAUUCCUUUCUCUCCGCCAAACUGGCUCGCUUGGGACUGCUCACAUAAAAUCUACAGAAGAUGAUCGAGGUUCAUUUAUUUCAUUGGUUUAUUGACCGCUACUAUUUUACUCAAGCAGUGUUUUCAUAAUUCCACUUGUCCUCUAGCCGACACAUGUGUUCAGUUGUUGUCGCGUGUAUGCGUGUGUGUGUGUGUGGCUUUCUAAAGCAGAAUACAAUCUUAUUUUCCUCUGAUCAGGAACACCAAUUGUGCCUUUUCAUCUAGAGUCAACAAGCUUUUACAGAUAUUUUUCGAGGCUUAAGAUCACGAUAAAGCUUUGCAAAAUAACCAAAAUGAAUAUUCUUGUAUUAUCUAUGUUGUUUUUUCAUGUAACUCUCUUGUAUUUAUGUUUAUAUGUAUUGCAUGGCAAAGACUGUUACAUCUAUGUGUUAUAAUCUUAAGGAAUGUAAUUUGAAAAUGGCAGUAACAGACUGCGGUUCAUAUAUGGAGAAAAUGAAGCUUUAAAUACAUUCUCUCAUUACUGACCAAAAAUAACCUCUCUAAGCAAAAAUUCUCCUCUACAAGGUAUUGAAUAGGAUUUAUUGAGUUCAAAAAACAUUUUGAAAUCAAUAUAAAGUAUAGGAAUGUUUUAUAUCUGUUAUAUCUCAACUAUUUGUUCUCAUUAAUGACCAAACCAGCUCUAGGCCUUGAUUAUUUUUGUCCUUUUCCACUGUACAUUAAUGUACUGCCACUCGAUCCGCAUUAGAUAAGUGAUUAGUCCUCAUUACGGGAUUCCCAACUCACUAGAAGUCAGCACGUAUCAGCCGAUUUUCUGAUUUCCAAUGUUUGGAAAUGUGAAGAAAGUUAAUGAACUUUAUGGAGGAAUAAUUUCUAGAGUAAUUCUUAUUUUUCCAGAUAUAAUUAGCUCUUAAACAACUUAGCCUUUUGUGAGUACAAUCUUUAUAUAAACGACUUUCAAUCGUCCGGUUUCCAUGCAAAACUGAGAAGGUCGUGGGAAUUCGUUGGUCAGAAAGUGUUAUUAGCACUGAUAUGUGGUUUGUUUUGGCAAAUUUGCUUCGUCUGAUCAGUAAUAUCAAUUAUAGCAUCAUUAUAUAUUCUUAAUCAACAUGUUAGCUUUUUAUGUAUUGCAUGUAAUGCAAACUGAGUUUGAGCUCAUUUUCUCCUGUAGUAAGCCUUUAGAUUUUGUAAAAGCAAUCACAGACGCCAUAUUGGGGCAGUACUGAAAACAUUCCUUCGAAACCUUCAUUAGACAACAUGCAGAAUGGAGGCAGUGUGUUUUUUGUAAGAAGAGACUAUGAACAAUAUGACAAUGUAUAGAGGUAUUAAUGUCUUUUAGGUGAUUGUAAACCGCAUUCCUUCACAACCAUUGCACAAGGUUGACCGAAGCAAUAUUUUAGCACAAGAGUCACUCCACAAGCAAGAUGGUUCGUUCAUUUUUUUUCUUUUUUAAAGGACCACAGAUACAACCUCUGUGAUGUUUAAGUGCCAUUCAACUUUUAUAGUCUAAUGUAUGUACUAAUACAAUAAAGAUUUGAAAAUGAGAGGGAGUGAAUUUGUGAAAAUUCAAGUGAAUUCUUGUUCACAUGGAGACCUUCUUGGUUUCUUAAAGUGUCUAUUAAAGUAAAAGGUGACACUUUUGCCUGUACUUACUGAUUGUGUUGGUGAUCCCUCAUAGUUUAGGACAUCUUAUGUGCUGCCUCAUUAAUUUCAUUAACGUGAUGAUGUAAGACCUCUUACUGAGACCCAUUGCAUUGUGCAUUGUCUUAGCUAUGAAACUGUGUUAAAAACACUUGGCCAGGUUAAUACAUUGCACUUGUGUAAGAGAUAUGUUUGGACCCGUCAUCAGCCUAAUAUUUGACAUGACAAUGAAUGUACUUUGUAGACCCAUAGAUACACGCCUCGUUGCAUUAUUUAUGUAGGGUUUGAGUCAAUAGAUUGAUUCUUCUUUAUUUUGAGGAAAUGUUUAAACCAAAGUUCACUUGUGGCAGCUUGCAGUACACAAUCAAAUACAAAAAAAGCAAAUUUGUUUGUGUGUGUAUGAUAACUCAAAGCCUGUAACCAGAAGCUAUGCAUUAUGUCUGUAUGUAGAUUUCAUAUAUAUAAAUAAAACAUCCUAAUUAAA